UGUCCCGCUUUCGCUCCCGAAACAUCUGGUCACCUUACGCAGUGUCUUUCAACCCGAACAGUCCUUCAUAUCUGACCAGUAAUUUUUAUGACAAAGAUUUUGUCUUUGUUAAAAGAUUAAAAUAUAGAAUGAGUUGUGCAUGUAAAAUAAAGUAGAUAACUAUAUUUCACAGUGACUGCCAGGAUUUUACUAUAAAGGAGAUCAUUCUAAACACACGUACACCCCUUCAAAGAAAAAAAAACCUAGGUGUGACCAUGCAGUGAAAGGUGAGAGCACGGACGCGUGUCGUGGCUACAAGUGGCACUGGGCAGCAGUCGUGUCAUCCCGUCCUCAGUGGCAACAAUUGUGAAAUGCUCCAUACCUAGUGUUUAGUGUCUUGACCUAAUUCUUAAUCUUGCCCAAACGGCAUGGCGGACUAAUCGGUUCACUGGAAGUCAUACAAGUGUGCUUUUUGUAAACAAAAUUAUCCUUUUAUUUGAAAGUGAGCCGUACGCUGUGCACUGGUCAUGUCGGACAUUCCGCAAAAGAUUCAAGGAGUGACUCCAAGUGAAAGAAGAAAACAAAAUCAAAGGAAAUUGCCACCUACUACACAGAGUACAUUUUGAGAUCAUACUUUGAAAGGAUACCUAAUGAUAGAAUCCAAAAAGACAGAUGGGGUUGAGCAAGUACAUCACAUGGCGUAGUUUUUAUCUCCUCUUCACUACAAAUUGCCACCAGCAUCUCCUGCUCCCCACUUUGAUCUGUGAAUGGAGGCAGGCUGUGGUCACGGGCUGUACCCCAGCUUGUUUAUAACUUUGAUCUGAACUGGAUUACCACUAUUCUCCUAGUAGGUGGUCACACCGCAUGGGGCCUGCUGAAGUGCUGCAUUCUCAUUUGAAAACUGUCACUGAUGCCAGUCGUGAGGCCCAGUGGUGUCUGGCUGUAGAGUCAGGGAUCAGCUAUGGGAAUUCUGAAAAGCAGAAGUUAGAUAUCUACACACAGAAGAACACAAGUGGUGCUAAAAAGGGAGUGCCAUUCUUUGUCUACAUCCAUGGUGGUUACUGGCAGGAGAAGGUAAUGUGCCGAGAAAACUCCAGCUUCAUGGCUGUCCCUCUAGUAUCAGAAGGUGCCACUGUUGUUGCUGUUGGCUACGAGCUGUGUCCUGAUGUGUCAAUGGACGAAAUAGUUAAGGAGGUGAAACAAGCCAUGUACUAUAUACUGAAACUGGCCAAAGAACAGGGCUGCAGUGGUAUUUACCUGUGUGGUCAUUCUGCUGGAGCCCACCUAGCAGCACUCAUGUUGAUGACGUCCUUCUCAGAAUAUGAUGCAUUUGACAGCGAUUUGAUUAAAGGGGCAAUUCUAGUCAGUGGAAUCUAUGAUCUUCGCCCCCUGGUCAAGACAUCAGUCAAUGAAGCACUUCAUCUAACAGAGGAGGACGCAUGGCUCUUCAGUCCGGUCCAUUUUAUGCAUGAUAUCAAACAGCACAGCAGUGACCGUGACAUUCUUAUUGCCGUGGGCGAGUAUGACCCACCUGAAUUUCGGCGGCAGAGUGGCGAAUUUCAAAAGAAUUUGCGAGAUCUAGGGAUUCGAACCAGGUACCUUGACAUUCCAGACACAGAUCACUUUAAUGUUAUAGAAAAGCUGCAGCAAAAGAGCUACAUUUUAACUAAGGAAUGCAUCAGAUUGAUGAAGCUGUCAGGUCAUUGAGUUCCCACCCACUUCCUUCUGUGUCUUUGUGAGACACAGGUACAGAUCCAGCAUUAAGGGUGCACACCCUGGAUAUUUUGUCUAAAGAAUUUAUUGAUGAUAGAGUGAAAUAUGCCAUAUUUUACUUCCAUCUAUAUGCACAUUGUGGUUUGUAAUUUUUCUGGGAUUUUUAGAGUGAAUGUACAGGUAUACAAUAAGGGUAUUUAUGUGGCAUGUAGAAUGUGCAUACUGUAAGGAUUGUGAUGUGUAUAUGUUACGGCCAAAGCCCGAAAUCGGCCAAAGUGGGAACUGGCCGGCCAAAUCGGGAAGUGGCCAAUAUUGCAUCACAUUGACCAGCCAAUGUCUGAUCUUUUCUAGGUUUUGGGAUUUGGCCAGCCAGUUUGCGAAAUGAAAUGGGGCGAUCGGCCAAAGUCGGAAGAAAAAGGUCAUGAAAGAUUUUGGGUGUUUGUAUACUGUAAUGAUAAUAAUAUUAUAUUGAUUAUUAGUUAUGCUAAAUUGUCAAAAUUCAAAUUAGUUUAUUACAGUAAAUGACCAAUCUCUAUCAUCACUUGUUACAACAAGAUGAACUUUUAUGACAUUUCGAAUUACACAGAAUGAUAAAAAAACAAGUCAUAGAGGCAGGAUCAUCUUCGAAAAGCAGCAGAUGAGCGGAAAAUUAUCGUCACAGCAUAAGACACUGUCCUUGCUACCACGUGCAAGCCGCCAUCACACCGAAACCGAUAGAUGUGCCGCCUACUGGAGAGUCUUGUAUCAGCACAUUGAAUAUUGGCCAGGGAUUUCCCACCAGUUCGCGAACUGGCCAUCCAAAGUAGCAAAUACACCCAGUACAUCGGCCAAAGUGCGAAAUGGCCGGCCAAUUUGGGAACUGGCCAAACUUUAUGCUUUGGCCGUAACAUAUACAAUAAGUGUAUUGAUGUGGCCUGUGCUUAUGGUGUACUAUGCCUGUCAGAAUGUUUUAUGUAAACUGGAUGGUUUGCAUUGUAUGAUGGAAUGGGUAUUAUCUUUAAAUACUUAUUAGUACCAUCAGAUUAUCAAUAUUCACUGCCAAUUAUCAUUGGUGCUGUCUUCCUCUCUGCGCUUUCUUUUAUGAAGAUGUUUAUGCUUUACACUAACAUAGUGUCACAGUACUUAAGAGCAUUAUAUUUCUGUCACAGUACUUAAGAGCAUUAUAUUUCUGUCACAGUACUUAAGAGCAUUAUAUUUCUGUCACAGUACUUAAGAGCAUUAAGUAAAAGCCUUCCUUUGAUGUUAUGUAAAAACAUAUAAUCAGAAUCAUGCAACAUUUAAGCUAAAGGAUUUACUCUGUUAGACCUUUGAGAAGACUUAUCUCUUCACUUUUUUGCUGUGGUUUAUUAAGGAUAGUUACUUGGGUCUUUUAUUGAGAAUUUCUUGAUUUGAAGGACUCCAAGAAUUCAACAUUUUUGGUCAGUCCUAUUAAGCUUUUAUUUUUGUUUCCUUUUGUACCAACCAGAUAUAUAAACAGAAGUGCUUGGAUUAGAGAUGUGGUUAACCCAAACAGAUUUUAAGAAUGCUAUUUUGCUUUUAAACAGAGAUUUCAGUCCCAUGUGAGUGCCUUGAUCAGUAUGUCUUCCUGUUACAUAGCUUUAUGGUAAUAAUUUCUAUAAACUUCCUUUUGAUUAGAUUUUAAAGAAAGGUCUAAAUUCAUUAUCUUUUUGCCAAAGGAAAUGAUAUUUUCAUAAAUGUACACAAGCAUUUCAUAAGUAAUAUUAAUGAACAAUUCCCCUGUAACCAUUUUCAGGUGUAGAAUAAAGUUUUAUUUAGUUAAUAUC